AUGGCACCUACACCACUUGAUGUUAAGUUAGAGAUUGUACUGGAUGACAAGCAAUUGAAAUACUUCCCUGGGGAUAUAAUUGAAGGCAAGGUCUUUCUCACUGCCAACCAAAAUUACAGUCUUCGCAACUUUCGCUUAGCUUGGACAGGCCGCAUUCAGGUCCAACCCAUUCAAUCCAACAAAGAUGUUCGCAUCUACUUUGACGAAUGCUGGAAACUCGGACCGAAACUUACGAAAUCGCCCUCAAAGACACCUAAAGGAUCCAGCAAUGUACCAUUUUAUUUCACAGAUCUGGUGUUGGUGCAUCAAGAUGGUCAAGAGCCCAAAGUGGAAUUACAAAAGAACAAGACCUUGGGCUUAACUUUCAAGGUAAACGUGCCCAACGACAGACCGUUGCCCAGUUGUACAGAAAGCGGCAUCUCACCAAACAAAAUUAUCUACCUGUUGGAAGCCUUUAUCGAUGAUCAGAAACAGCAACAAAGUAAUGCAAAAGAGAAACCGGUGUUUUUUGCACAGAAAACGGUGCCUGUAUUUGAAGCAAUUUAUACCCGGACUCCGGAAAUGACCACCCCACAAAGAGCAGAGCAAGUGUUUAUGGUAUCACUGUUUGCAGAGGAAAAGGAGUUUACAUCAGCCAUGAGGGUCACUUUACCCUGUCGUGGAUCUCAGCCUGGUAUUGCUAUACCUGUAUCCAUCUCUAUUUGGAACAAUAUGGAAUUCACAAGAAGGCAGGGUAUAUCCAUAUCUCUAUUUCGUGUAAAUCAUGUAUUGGCAAACGGAAGGGCUUAUACUUCUCAAGGAGAAAAAGUGCAUCGAGUAGUGACAGAUUUGAACAUUACUUCAGAUAAUAGCUCACACAACAACCAAAAAGUGCAGACAGUGCGAGUGGGAUUACCUAUUCCCAGAGGCACAAUGCCAAGUAUCUCGUUAGAACAGAGUCAAUUAUUGUCAGUAUCGUAUUUUAUUCGAGUGCAAGUGUUUGCUCAAGAGGGCGUAUAUACAACAUCAGAAGGUACAAAAUCACAAUUCAUGACAGUGGAUCUACCCUUUGUAGUUGGUACAUUGGCUUCACCCGACAAUAAUGCUUCUUCGCCUACAAUGACGAACAAUAAUGCUUCCUCACCCACACUCACAAACAGAUCCGUAUCACCAGCUACUUCUCCCAUGUCAUCGCCUCGAUCCACUUAUACAUCACUAUCGAGUAUAUUUUCAUCACCACCACCACCACCACAACAACAACAACAACAACAACAACAGCAGCAGCAAAGUGUAUCACCACAAUUACAACCUCAAUCACUACAACAACAAUCGUUCGAUGCAGGAUUGGCCAAUGAAAAUGCAACGGAAGGAUCGGAUACAGCUUCUAUAUCAACCUCUUCAAAUCAACUUGAGACAAGCAAUUCGAUUAGUCGAAAAAGCAAGAUUAUGGGAAACAUGUUUAGAAAAUCCUCAACUGGCAGUAGUGUUUCAACUGCAUCAAGCGAAGAAAAGAAGAAGAAGAAGGGUGUCUUUUCCACGUUGCGACUCUAUAGCAGUAAGAGGAAUUCCAACCAAAACAGUGAACCAGGUGAAACGGAGAAUGUGGGUUCUCAAAAGGAAGAUGAACAGCAGCAAGUAUCCCCUGCUGUGAUCAUGACACCCAAACACAACGAACCAGAACCAUCGCAACAACAACAAGGGGGUAUAUUUGAUAUUUUUGCUGGUGAUGAUUUGGAUGACGAAGAUGAUAUACCUAGAAACUACAGUAAAAUAGAACAAGAGAAGAAGUCUACGCAAGAUCAUGACGAUAGCACUACAGUGAUAUCCAGUAGAUCAACACCACCACCUUUACUUUCCCGUCAAAUACAGGAGACCGCCACUACAUAUCCACCAGCACCAGCAGCAAGUCAAGGUCGAUUCCAAAUGUUUCCAGAUGAUGAUGAUUCUGAUGAUGAAGAAGAGGAACAAACGGAAUCAGCAAUUCAGGAACAAACACCAGUUGCUAUGGCAACGAGUAAUAUGGAUCAAGAAAUUAAUUCAACAGCCGACAAUUUGGAAAAUUUGACAUUCGAUGCUAGAUCAAAUCAACAAGCACCACCACAGCGAUCCAAUGUUUUUAGAAUGUUUGACGAUGAUGAUUCUGACGAUGACGAAGAGGAAAUAGUAAAUCAAUUGACUGUAUCACAGGAAAGAGUAGCUGUAUUGAUUGACGAAAGAGUGAAGCCACAUCACCAAGAUAGCAGCAAUGACAAGCCCAAUACCUACAACUAUUACUACAAACCAAACACAAUGACAGAUUCCAGCGAAGAUGAUCACGAUGAGAAUGAUCUUUUGGCUGCAUUAGCGAGAAGGGAAAAGCCUAUAUAA